AUGGCUACGAAUACAUACACUACGACGGUCAUCCAUGCCAAGACUAGCGCAGCGAAAGAGAGCUUGAAUGAGAUCACUACCCAACUCAGCGUAUUCGAUCUCAUCCCACCAAGAGUGUACAUCAAGUUCAUCAUCUAUCUACCUUUGAAACCAGGAAUCAGCUUCCAACAGGCAUUUUCUCACCUUCAGGCUGGUCUUCACUCAACCUUGCGGCAAUUUGCUUUCCUUAACGGUCGCAUCUACCCACGCAAGGAGCAUGAGAGCGGUUGGAGACCGGGACAUAUUGUAGUGUCGUACGACCCAGACGGCCCGAACACCACAGAAGAAGCUCCCCGACAGCUCGCUUUUAAGGAUCUGUCACAGGUGCUGCCCGACUAUGAGGACCUUCGCGACGCAGGAUUUGAGUUCUCUGCUUUUGAUGAUGAGCUCGUUCUGGCCGCCCCCUUCGUGCCAGACUUGACCGGGGGUGCCGACGUAUUCUUGGCACAAGCGAACUUCGUCAAUGGCGGGUGUAUUCUCGCGACAGGAUUCCACCAUUCCGCUAGCGAUGCGACUGGCAUGGUCACGGCGAUGCGUGCGUGGUCUGAACACUGUAGAAACCUCGCGCAGCCGGACAUCAACGUAUGCAGCUGGCUGGCCCCGGAGAGUUUCGAUCGCACACUUCUGGAGCGGCUGUGGAGUAAGACGCCCGCCAAGCCUGUUGCCGAGAUCCCGCGCGAUACAUGGGGCUUUCUAGGCUUCCAACCGCCGGAUGCGGAGGAGGAAACGGCUUCUGCUACGGUCCCGCCCACGGCCCCGCUUCGGACCAUGGAGUCUAGCAUUUUCUACAUCUCUCCGGACAACUUCAACAACUUGAAGAAGGACGUUUUAGAUGACUCUCAUGACGGUACGGGACUUUCGGCCAAUGAUGCACUUUUGGCGCUUUUCUGGCGCGCUCUCAUGAAAGCGCGAUACAAGGCGGCCAUCGCAACCGGCCAGCCAGCGCCGACGGACGAAAUGUCAUACUUGGAAUCUCCCGUCGACGGCCGCACAGAUUUCGACGCCGAGCUUCCGUCGUCGUAUGCUGGGAAUCUCGUUGUUGUCAACAAAGUCCCAAUGCGGGUGGCCAAGCUCGCGUCGCCGACUACAAGCUUGCGCGAUGUCGCCCUGCGCAUUCGGGCACAGGCGGCCAAGGUGAAUCCAGGCCUUGUGAAGGAUGCAUUCACCCUCAUGCGUGAGGUUCCGGAUUACACAAAGCUGAAGCAUGCAUUCACCCGACUUGAUGGCUUUGAUGUCAUGAUCACGUCAGUGUUGCUGCUGCCGCUGGACAAGAUCAACUUUGGCGGUCACGUGUUUGGUAAUGAUGGCAAGCCGGAUUCAUUGCGACCCUUGAUGGAUGCUUUCAAUGCGAAUUUCAGGCUUUGCAUGGUGUUGCCGAUGAAGAGUCACGGGGGUAUCGAGUUGCUUGUUAGCUUAUUCGCUGACGAGAUGGAGCAAUUGUUGGCAGACGAGGAGUUUGCAAACGCUUCGCGUCGGGUGUCCAGCAUUGGCCACUACAGACACACCAAUACCUGA